GUGUUAAAACGAAAACGGCAGCAUUUAACCGCAUUUAAACAAGAAUAGGUAAAAUGACACACCCUCACGGGCUCAAACGAUUCGAGUGAAUCGGUUCAUGUGAACCGUUCGAAAAACCUGUUUGUUGGAAUGCCUACAGACGAUAACAGACGCUCAUAAAACCGAAAACACUCUAGAAACAAAAACGAUGUUCAUCUGUUUUCUGACUUCUUCCACUGGUAGAGGAACAAAUUUCAGUUCUUUUCUCUGGGUGAUCACGUGAAUGAAAGGUUGAAGAUGCCGAACUGCACACUGAACAUCACCACGGGCAUCCAGACCUUCCAGCUAGCCACAAUGAUACCCACCUUCAUCCUCGGUGUCCUGGUAAACAUUUACGUUCUAGUGACGUUCUGCCGGCUUCCCAGAAGUGCCUGGACUAACAUGAACAUCUACAUCAGCAACAUGGCGAUCGCCGACUGCGUCGUGUUGGUGCUUCUACCCGUCCGCUUCGCGUCCCACAUCUGGGAAAGUUCGGAAAUCUGGGACCAAACCAACAGAGAGCUGUGUUUCGUUCUCGUGUCGGUUUAUUACGUCAACAUGUACGUGAGCAUCUUCACGGUAACCGCUAUAAGCGUUGUGCGUUACGUGGCCAUCAAGUAUCCGUUAAAAGCCCGGGAAAUUUUAAGCCGCGGAAAAGCGCUGGUGGUUUGCGCGCUCAUCUGGCUGGUCACGUGCUCCUUCAGCGCCAUGUUCCACUACGUGGAUAAACCGGAGCAUAAUAGCACGAUCAAGUGCUUUCAGAAAAACAAAGAAGGGGGAUUUCCGUUGUCCUUCAUUUUGGUUUUAAACAUCGUCGGGUUUCUCGUGCCGUUCCUUAUCAUGCUGUUCUGCUCCGUUAACGUCAUUUUCAAACUGAGGAAGCAGUUGAAAAUCGGAUCCCGCACUGAGAAGUUACAGUGCAUGUUCAUCAUCUCGGCCAAUCUGAUUGUUUUCGUCGUAUGUUUUUUCCCAGUCCACUUCGGAUUUUUCUUCAAGUACAUCACGCAGGCUUAUAAUCACUCGUGUGAAGCGCAAUAUUUCGCGCACAAUUUCGUUCAUGGCGCGAUGUGCGUGUCCAACAUGAACUGCGCUCUUGACAGCUUCAGUUAUUAUUUUGCCACCAGAACAUCGUGGAAACUGUGCACCCCCAAACAAACGGCACGUGAGGAAUAUAAGUGUAAUUAUAAGAGUGUCGCGCGAUGACAUCCGGGAUACGUAUUUGAAUUUUGUCAUAAACUUCGCAGUUGGAGUUUAUGGAACAUUAAUUUAGUUUGUUUAAAAAAUAUCUCCAGUAAAGUUUGAUACUAGUAUUAAUACAUAUAGACUAACUGACAACUGAAUUUGCACUACAUAUGCAGUUUUCAGGUAAUUUCCCUGAUAGCACACGUACAUCUCAGAGACGUCUAUUUGACGUCUGCAUUUACAUCUGUAAGACAUCUGCAAGACGUAGUUUGCUCAUCUGCAAUACGUCUAUUGGACGUUUCCUAUUAGAUGUCAAAUAGACAUCUAUUAGAUGUCUUUAAGAUGUUUAUGAUUUAGAAUGUAUGUAAAACUGACAUCUUACAGAUGUCUGCCAGACGUUUGUACACAGCGGAUGCUUUCCAGAUCAAGAGAUCUUUAACAGACAUCUUGCAGACGUACGUGUGCUAUCUGGGUUUAUAGUAUUCUUAUACAAUACUUCAUUGUCGGUUAACCUUAUAAUUCCUUUUCAUCAAACACUGAUUUUAGCAAACAUUAAUAUGUAUGAAUGUAUUUGUUAAUAUCAAAAAUAUUUUUAAAAAAAUAUGACCAUGGACUAUAGAUCCAGUCAAACUGUUUUUGUAAAAUUGAUAUUUAUACAUCAUCUUAAGGCCGAAUAAAUAAGCUUUCCAUUGUAUGGUUUGUUAUGACAAUAUUUGGCUAAGAAACAACUAUUUGAAAAUCUGUAAAAAAUCAAAUAUCGAGAAAAUUGCCUUUAAAGUUGUCCAAAUGAACGUCUUAGCAAUGUACAUUACUAAUCAAAAAUUACGUUUUGAUACACUUUCUAAAUAUCUUCAUGGAACAUAAUCUUUACUUUAAAAUCCUAAUGAUUUUUGGCAUGAAACAAAAAUCAAUUAUUUUGACCCAUAAAAUGCAUUUUUGGCUAUUGCUACAAUAAUACCCGAGCAGUGUUGGGGAGUAACUAGUUACAUGUAACGGAAUUACGUAAUUUAAUUACAAAAUAUAUGUAAUUGUAAUUAGUUACAUUUACUGAGAAAAAAUGUGUAGUUAAAUUACAGUUACUUUUGAAAAAUGCCAGUGAUUACAAAGGGGAUUACAUCUGAAUUUUUUCACACACCCACCCCCACUUACAGAUUUAACUGACUUCUUCUAAUUUCCUAUUUAAUUUCCUAUUUCCUAGUUUUAUUUCCUAUUUGGGGUUAUGCAUAAACUUUAUUUUUUAAGAUUGUUUUUUCCAAGGCAUUGUUAGAUGCUAGUGUUUUCUGUCGUAACUAUGCAAACAUUUGAUUUCAAACCCAGUAUCAUAGCUAUUAAACUAUUUCUUGUUAUGAUGUUAUUUAUGUUAUGAUCUUGUUAUGACAUAUAGCGCAACUGCGCUCACGGUGACCCGAGUUCGAUUCCCGUCUCGAGGUCCUUUGCCGAUCCCGCUCCCCUCUCUCCUCCCAGCUCUUUCCUGUCAUCUCUCUACUGUCCUAUCACAAUAAAAGGCAUAAAAAGCCCCCAAAAAUAAGUAAACAAAUAAAAAAGUCCGAAUUUGUGGUGGCUGUGCUUUGAAUUAAAUGAUUACACAGCUCAGACUCUUUGGGGCAACUUAAGUCAGUGCUAUAUGCUUGAUCAUUUUUCUUGGUGGAAGCUUUGCGUUUGGUUAGCUAAUAAAAUAUUAAAGCUUAAUUCAAUAUUAUCUGUGCAAUUUCUUAAUUCUGUCAUUCUGGUAUCGUGGACUUACUCUAUUGUUUUUUUUUGUUUGUUUUUUGUACACUGUAAUGGAUUAUAAGACAGCUAACAAACUAGUACUACUACUUAAUUAUUUAUGUGGUGAAAAGUUGUGUAAGAAAACUGGUAUGACUGCACUGUAUCCCUAAAAUGUCUAGUUUGAACUUGCCGUUUGCUAGCAACUGAUUUCUUCAUGGAAGCUUUGCGUUAAAAUAUUUAAACUCAGAUCAGUGUUUUGUGUCUAAUAAUUUUGACUCGAAACAUUUAAAUAAUCUAUCAAGCAGCUGUGUAAUAAGUGAGAUAAUGUACAUUCAGCCAGUUGUUAUCACAAAAUAAAGAUGUAUAUUAUCCCUUACUUAUUAUAAUCUUAAUUCAAGUGAUAAAGGAUUUUGAAAGUCUGACAGUAAUCAGUGUUACAGUGCUACUGUAAGGUUAACUCUGCCUGGUUUAAAUGUUUCAAAAUGAUGAACAGUUGAAAAUAUUAGAAAUGUAGAAAAAUAAUCAAAAAGUAAUUAAAAGUAAUACGUUACAUUACUUUAAUAAAGUAAUUGAAAAGUUACACUACUUAUUACAUUUUAAAUCAAGUAACUUGUAAUCUGUAACCUAUUACAUUUCCAAAGUAACCUUCCCAACACUGUACCCGAGCUACUUAAGCCUGGUUUUGUGGUCCAGGGUCACGUGUACAAAAAUUUGAACAUUAGUUGUUAAUCAUCAGUGCAACAUUUGAAACUUGCAUUCAGUAUAAAUAUGAACAAUUUCAUGAAUAUAAAUGAUUAAUCCCAUAAUUUACUGCAUUUUGAUUGCAUUUGCUUUGAAAAUGUUUAAGAAAUGGCGCUGAAAAGUUCUGCCAAAAAUGUUAUAAUGGUGUAUUUCUUUGGUGUAUGGAGUAUUACUACUGCUACU